ACUGCAGUUUAAAUGUGCGCAUAUUUAAAUAAUUCGUGGAACUGAAAGUUUGCAUUCCAAAGUCCGUCUGUUCAAACGUGGAAUCACAUACGAUAAAGAGCCCUUUCAGUUUGUGUAUUUAGUGUAUUUGCGAAGCAAACUAGAAAUGUAGGAAUCGCACUCGGCAUACAAUGGGCCAUCGAGCCGGCAUGGGAAGCGUCACACAAUGUGUAUUCCUAUAAACAUAAAAUAUCGUUACCUAAGAGUCUUCGGUCGUCUCGCGUGGAGUGUGAGGAAGAAAAAAUAUAAGAAGUUUGGCGGCAAAGUGUCAUGGCGGCGAAGGCGGUGAUUGGAUUUAUUUUGCUCCGAGCCAUCUCAGCCCAAGUCCUGUAUAACGUCACAACGCCCGGCAACGGAAUCUGCGGCACCGUACACUGCCGUACGCUACCGUGUUUGCGUAGCAUUGACUCAUGCGUCACUAUCGUCGGGAACUUUACGUUCAUAUACUUCGGUCGGCCGGAGGAGGCUAUUUUUGAGAAUAUCACGUUCUGGAACCUUAAGGAGAUCACGGGCUACAUGGCGAUAUACAUGGUCCCAGAGCUGGACUCCAUCGGGCAGCUGUUCCCGAGCCUGGCCCGCAUCCGCGGACGAGACCUGCUGCAUGACUACGCCCUCAUCAUAUACGACAUGAACCAGCUUACUGAGAUCAACCUAUACAGCCUGCUCAAGAUCGACCGUGGCGGCGUGAUAAUCUGGGGCGGGCCGAACACGUGUUACGUCGACACGGUGGACUGGAAGAGCAUCGCGCCGCGAUACAGACACGUGCUCAGCCCGACCAGCAAUAACGUCGUGUGCAAGAAUAUUUGCACGUGCACUGAUGAUGCUAGGUUCAACAACUGCUGGAACAACAAGAAAUGCCAGCGGUACACAGAAGGCCCAGAGGCGAUGACAUGCCACGAGCAAUGCCUCGGCUGUCGCCUCACCGAACCCACGGACUGUACGCUGUGUCGCCACUACACGUACAAGAAACAGUGCGUGUCCAAGUGCCCAAAUAAUACAAUCAUCCUAGAAGAAAACCAAUAUUGUAUCACAAAAGAAGAAUGCUUAAGCCUGAAGCGCUGGGUGUGGAACAACAGUUGCGUGAUCGCAUGCCCGGAUGACUACAUCAAGAAAAACGUAACGACUGAUAAAGUUACCUGCGAAUAUUGUCCUACGUGUAAAGAGUAUUGCGGAAACAUCACUAUAGAAUCAUUGGGAAGUAUUCAAGCAGCUCAUCGAUGCGUUUACAUCAACGGAUCCCUAACUAUCCACAUACGAGCCGUGCCAGAGGCCCUCGAAGAAAUGAAAAUACAUCUCAGCAAAAUACAAGAAGUGUACGACUAUAUCGACAUUCACGACUCACUUUCUCUACCAAGGAUCGACUUCCUCCCUUCCCUUAAACGUAUUCACGGAAGAAUACUUAAAGACAAUAAAUACAGCCUCUUGAUCCGCGAUAAUCCAAAUCUUCAAACAGUUUUUCUUCCUAAUGUAACAGAAAAACUCCAAAUAGAUAAAGGCUCUAUAAACAUUCUUCGUAAUCCAAUGCUAUGCAUGAGUGAUUUGGAUAAAAUAAAGAAAACAUUUCCACAACUGUUUAAUGGUACAGAGGAUAAGCCAUAUGGUUACGGCUUGAAUGCAUACAGUGGGUGUGAAGAGGUCCCACUUGGCGUAAAUGUAAAACAAGUCAACCAAACAUCUGCGAUCGUCAAAUUCAGGCCCAUGUUAAAUAAUAACAUGCACUAUACUAUUCUUUACGUCCGCAUCCCAGCAGGGGAAUCUACAUCAGUCGUUCCAGAGAUUUGUAGCAAAUACGAGUGGCGCACUAUUAAACCUCCUGACCAUUCCUAUCAAGUACAACUCACGAAUCUCCGACCCGCUUCCACAUACCUCGUCUGUAUUGAAUCAUAUGACCUCGAGGAGAAACACCUUAAACGCAGUUCCAUCGUCAAUUUUACUACGACUGUUGGGAAACCAGAACCACCUUUUUUAAUGGAACUCGUAGCGGAUAACCCUCAUUUAGUCGUCCUUCAUUGGGCGGAUCAUGUAGAUUACCUUCCUCAUAUCACACGAUAUGAGCUCAGUGUCACGCUUGUAGAAGUAUACACUGAAGACGUUACAGCUAGAAAUCACUGUCAGCAGUUAGAUGACACAUUGGAGGAAGUAUAUGAAAUCUGGCAACAUGCGGUGGUUAUGAGACCACCACCUAAUUACGGUAAGGGCUGCGAAUCGAUGUGCGGUAUGCUGUCGAGUACCCCUCACGGUGCCAUGGUAGAAGAAGAUUUUGACAUCUGCAGUUCCAUGGGAUCCGCGUGCGACGAAGUAGAAGAGCUACCAGUAACCAAUAAUUCUAUGGGCUACUUUGUCCGAACGUUGUCUUUAAAUAUCAGUGCGCCAAGAAAUGCUUAUCAGGUCGGAGACUUGGCUCCGUACAGGGAUUAUAGGUUUCGAUUACGUGCCUGUACAAAGGACUUUUGCAGCAGAUCGACUAGAGGCGUGGUGAGGACGUUACCUUCGAAAAAUGCUGAUGUGCCUUCUAUCAGCACCAUCGAGCUAAUUAAGACUGGACUUAUAUCAGUCUCUUGGACGGCACCGAAAAUAUCUAACGGUCCUGUACUAGCGUAUAUUUUGAAAAUAAUGCCUGAUAAGAAUGUGAGUGACUUAGGAACACUACAGACUCAAAGGUGGUGCGUGCCCGCCAAUCAGACAACAGUAGUUGUUCGGUUUGAAAAAGACCAAACCUACACAAUUCAAGUAUGCUCAUUGACACUAGCAUCUCAGUCUGGGUGCACAGGACGGAAAAAGGUGUCUGAAAGAAAGUACCUUCUUGAAUUCACGUCUUCAUUUCAUACUGAUUUGACAUGGGCUGGAGUGUUUUUCGCUGUUUGUCUGUGCAUAAUGUCUGUGCUAGUCGGGUUUUUGUGGGCGACGUGCAGAGUGCGGAGUGACACUGUGCCUCUUGUGGAUAUUACUUCGAGUUAUCGGACUGAGACUGAGCCCCCGAUAUUUUCUUUAUUAGAUUUUACGCCUUCGUUACACGUGCCCCGGACAGAAUUAAUUGUUAGUUAAGAAAUGAUAAGGGCUUAGUGCAUUUAAGUUAUUAUUAACAUUGUAUUUAAAUUGCAUUUUCACACUUAGUAUUCAUUUAUGAUGUUAUAUCUGGGAAGCGGAUAAUGUUGAAGCUCGCAUCAAUAAAGCCCGUUUCGCAUAUGCGUAGUUGAAACCCGUAUGGACUUCCACAGUCAUCACUCGCCGCACCAAGCUAAGGUUUUAAACUCGAACGUUAAGUCGGUCCUCCUGUAUGGGUGCGAAACAUGGCCCGUCAAACAAGACAUAACCCGUAGACUCCAGGUGUUUGUAAACAAGUGUUGGCGGCGAAUCGUAGGAGUCCAAUGGCCACGGACCAUCUCCAAUAUUAAAUUAUGAGAAUUGACCGGACAAAACCCUAUAGCAAAGGAGAUACUUCUGCGGAAAUAUCGCUGGAUAGGACAUGUUUUACGAAGGCCAAACAACCACCUAUCCAAGCAAGGGCUGACUUGGAAAAUUCUCGGAACAAGGGGGUAAGGUCGCCCACGUACCACCCGUAGGCGCACAGUGGAAAAGGAGGCUGCACCAGUUGACCUUGGCUGGAGGAGGCCGCGCUGGACCGUGAAAAAUGGAAGUCCCUUCUGAGAGCCCCAUGUCUUUGAUGUAACAGGAUACCAUCAUCAUCAAAUCGAAACCAAUAUUUGUUUUGUUUGAAUUGUUACAUAGUGUACCUAACUAAAAUAUCUAAAAAAGUUAGUACUUACAAGAUGAAACCGUAAUUAAAAUUACAUGAUACUUAGUAUUUUUGACAUUAUUAUCGUCCAAUGCUAACUACAGUGCUCUUGAUCUGUUGACAUUUUUAGAAACUUGCAUUUGACACGACAAAGUCGUUUCUAGGUACUGUUGAAUAAAAAUGUUCUAUGUCUAUGUCUAUUGUCUACUGACUUUUUAAAAUUCUUAUACAUUUUUCGGGUACUUGACAUUAAGUAGGUGCUAAAUGCUGAUAAAAAAUAACUAACCCCAAAUUGAUAUUAUGAUGAGUAUGAUGACGUUAUUUAGUAUGUAGUCCUUUAUAGACAAAACUAAAAUAACUCCCUCUAAAAUUGUUCCUUGUAAGUAUAUUAAAUUUUAUUAAGCUUAAUGAGUAAACCGGUGAUGUAAGCCAAAGACGGAAAAGUUAUGAAAAGGAUCUUAAUAGAAAUAAAAGU